GUUCGAUCAUGGCUAUUACCUCUUAGUUAAGUCCAUUCAAGAACUUAGAGAGAAGAAGGACGGCAUUGUUACUGUUGGUAUCGGUGGUCCUAGCGGCUCCGGUAAAUCAAGCUUGGCAGAGAAAGUUGCAUCUGUAAUCGGCUGUACUGUUAUUGCCAUGGAGGACUACCGAGACAGUUUGGACGAUGGAAAUGAAUUGGAAACGUUAGAUUUUGAUGCAUUAGUCCUCAAUUUGGAGGAUUUGAUCAAAGGAAAAGAUACUCUUGUUCCCGUUUUUGAUUUCCAGCAAAAGAGGCGUGUUGAUUCCAAGAUGGUGAAGACGUCAUCUGGAGUGGUUAUUGUUGAUGGAACCUAUGCUCUCCAUUCAAGAUUGCGUUCCUUACUGGAUAUUCGGGUUGCUGUGGUUGGUGGAGUUCAUUUUAGCCUUCUCUCUAAAGUACGUUAUGAUAUUGGAGAUUCAUGUUCCCUUGAUUACCUUAUCGACAGCAUUUUCCCACUGUUUAGAAAGCACAUUGAGCCCGAUCUUCAUCAUGCACAG